AUGUCCGGCUCAACAACAGCAACGAACGUGCCGAGCGCGACUUCAGCGGCGGCAGAGCCCUCCUGCACGACAGCAGUGCCCGGAAAGUACGGAAGCGUUCCGUAUGACGCCUGUAACUCCAACUACAACUUUGAGCCAGACUUUGCGGCCAACUGCGCCUUUGCAGUGCUCUUUGGGUUGACUCUGGGCGCCCACUUGGUGCAAGCCGUGACCUGGAAAAAGCGAUUCUGCUGGGUAGUGAGCAUGGCGGCCGCGUGGGAAUGCACCGCGUUCGUCCUCAAAUCAGCCGGUGCGCGGGACCAGCAAAAGCAGAUCUACGCCAUCCUGGGCCAGCUAUUCUUCCUCCUCGCGCCCUUGUGGAUGAAUGCUUUCGUCUACAUGACCGUCUCCCGACUUGUUUACUACGUCUUGCCGGACCGUAGCAUCUGGAACUUGAAAGCCACCCAGCUGACAAAACUCUUCGUCUGGAUCGACGUGCUCUGCUUCCUCGUGCAAGCCGGCGGCGGCAGUCUCCUGUCGGGCGAUGACAUGGAGAUGAUGCGCAUUGGACAGUACAUCUACGUUGCCGGCUGCGCCGCCCAGUUGUUCUUCAUCGUCAUCUUCUGCGCACUGAUGGGUCGACUGUACGUCAGGAUGCGCGAGGCUCAACGCUUUGACCUCAGGAUGACGCUUGUAAAGUCGCUGUUCUGGGCUUUGCUUGCCGUUCUCGUCCUCAUCAUGAUUCGGAUCGUCUUCCGUCUCUACGAGUUCAAGCCGGGCUCGGACUUCGACAGCGAGAUCCUGACGAAUGAAUACUAUGCGCUCGGACUUGACGCGCUGCCAAUGCUGCUUGGGCUUUUGUUGCUUAACGCAGUGCAUCCCGGAUGGGUGCUUCGUGGUCCGGACAGCGAACUGCCCCGAGUAACGAGACGCGAGAAGAAAGAGAUCAAGCGCCAGAAGAAGGAGGCCAAAAAGGCAGCUAAGCUGACGGCGAAGGAGGAAAAGAGGCAGAAGAAGGCGAUGAAUAUGUUGCACGUUAAAGAGGCUCAACGAUCGUCAGACACCUUCGAGAUGAAUGAGGCGUCGGAACGAGGCGAUGCCCAGGUAGUCUGA